AGCGAACACACACUUUCUGCUGCUUUCUAAAGCUUCCGAGCAUGGCGGACCGGAAGUGUUGUGGGGUUUCUGCAUGCCAGAUAACACUUAUCAUCCUCCUGGUCAUCAUGACAGUUGCAUGUAUAACACUGAUUGCAGUAAUGACCACCAGGAAACCACACACAGAUCCAGAACCUCUGGGUGAGCCGUACCUGAUCGGAGUGGGUCGAGCCGACUGCACCGGACCACCAGCUGAAAUCCCACUGAUGGGUUAUGCAAACCCUCAGCAAACGGCUGCAGGAAUACACACACGUCUGUUCAGCCGAGCCUUCAUCAUCGACGACGGGAAGAGGAGAGUUGUGUUCGUCACUGCAGACGUAGGAAUGAUAUCACAGAGGCUACGCCUGGAGGUUCUGCAGGCGCUGCAGGUGAAGUACGGGGAUCUGUACCGGCAGGACAACGUGGUUCUGAGUGGAACUCACACACACUGUGGACUGGCGGGAUAUUUCCAGUACACGCUGUUUAUGAUCACCAGUAAGGGUUACAUCAAGGCGUCCAUAGAGCCACUGGUCAACGGCAUCGUAAAGAGUAUAGACAUAGCCCACCGCAACGUGAGGCCAGGCAGGAUCUACAGGAACAGAGGAGAGCUGGACGACAGCAGCCUGAACAGAAGUCCUCACUCCUACCUGAACAACCCCAAAGGCGAGAGACACAGGUAUAAGUGGAACACGGACAAACAGGUGGUGGUUCUGAAGUUCACCGAUCUGGAUGGAGAUGGGAUCGGGAUGCUCAGCUGGUUUGCUGUUCACGCCGUCAGCAUGAAUUACACCAACCGCAUGGUGAGCAGCGACAACAUGGGCUACGCCUCCUACCUGCUGGAGCAGGACAAGAACCCCGGAGAGCUACCUGGACAGGGAAGUUUUGUGGCUGGUUUCUCCUCCAGUAACCUCGGUGACGUCAGUCCGAACACCAAAGGACCGUACUGUGUGAACACCGGGCUGCCCUGCGACUACCUGAACAGCUCUUGUCCUGUUGGAGGGACUAAUAUGUGCCUGUCCUUCGGACCUGGAAACGAUAUGUUUGACAGCACAAGGAUCAUCGGACACAGCAUCUACAUGAAGGCCAAGGAGCUGUACGCAACUGCAGUCGAAGAAGUGACUGGCCCCAUUCAGUCUGCUCAUCAGUGGGUCGACAUGACGAACGUGACUGUUCAGAUCGACGACAAAAACACAGUCACUACGUGUAAACCAGCUCUGGGUCACAGCUUUGCAGCUGGAACAACAGAUGGGGGAGGAGGCCUGAACUUUACUCAGGGCGCUGUGGAAGGAGACCCGUUCUGGGAUGGGAUCAGAGAUGCUCUUUUGGGCGCACCAUCCAAUCAGACGAAGGAAUGCCAUCACCCUAAACCAAUCCUGUUCAGCACUGGGGAGAUGAACUGGCCUCUGCCUUGGCAUCCGCAGAUUGUUGAUGUUCAGAUCAUAACCAUCGGAUCGGUGGCUGUCGUGGCUGUUCCUGGAGAAAUGACCACCAUGUCAGGAAGGAGGUUACGAGAAGCUGUCAAACAGGAGCUGGAGUCUGAGGGAACAUUAAAGGACAUGGAGGUGGUGGUCGCUGGACUCAGUAACGUGUACACUCACUACAUCACCACCUAUGAAGAGUACCAGGUGCAACGAUAUGAAGGAGCCUCAACCAUCUAUGGUCCUCACACGCUCACUGCCUACCUGUACAAGUACCGCAGCCUCGCCAAAGCCAUUGCUCAGGACUCUGUCUCAAAGCUACCGGUUGGCCCUGAGCCUCCCUUCUUCACAAAGAAUCUCUUCAAUUUAAUGUUGGCAGCAUCCGUGGACAGAAAACCAGACAACAGCAGCUUUGGAGAUGUCCUGGAGCAGGUUUAUCCCGUCUAUAGACAGGGUGAUGUUGCUUCUGUCACUUUUGUCGCAGGAAACCCUCGCCACAGCGGGGACAUCAGAGAUAAAACUUUUGUAACUGUGGAGCUUUAUGACAACAGAACGGAAACCUGGGAAGUCAUCUACACUGAUGCAUCAUGGGAAACAAGGUUUCACUGGCUGAAAGGUUCGAACGGCCAGAGCAACGCCACUGUUGAAUGGCACAUUCCUCCAUCGACCCCCAGCGGCUCUUAUAGGAUCAGACACUUCGGAAAUUACAAACAGAUGAAAGGCUUGCAACCCAUCAUCACGCCAUACGAAGGCUCUUCUGAUGUCUUCAAAGUGUUAACCAGCUUCUACUCCCUGUGAUUACACUUACCUGUCCAGGCAGGAACAGAGAGUUCGAACGUCUGGGACUCUGGAGCUUCAAAAGCCGAAUGAAGAUCAGGACUGAACUCUAGAUUUAUAGGAGGCGGCAAAUUCGGUAUGUUAAUAAAAAUUAUGUAAAG